GCAGCCCGCGGUGUCAGACAGAGACACACAGACAGACACAGGCAGUGUCAACAGACCAGAGUUCAGUGUGUGGACAGACACGAACAGGAACAACAGCGCCUCAAACUCCAAACCUCAGCCUUCACCAUGAACACCGAGCCUGUCGUUAUCGUCUCUGCUGCGCGGACACCAAUCGGGUGUUUGAACGGCGCUCUGUCCUCGGUGCCUGUGCAUGACCUGUGCUCGGUGGUGAUCAAGGACGUUCUGAAGCGGGCCAAUGUGAAGCCAGAGGAGGUUUCUGAGGUUAUCAUGGGACACGUCUUAACAGCAGGUCAUGGGCAGAACCCAGCGCGUCAGGCCAGCGUCGCAGCAGGUAUUCCCUACCUUGUUCCUGCGUGGAGCUGCCAGAUGGUGUGUGGCUCUGGGCUGAAGUCUGUGUGUCUGGGAGCUCAGUCCAUCCAGGUUGGAGAUGCCUCUGUGGUGGUGGCGGGAGGCAUGGAGAGCAUGAGCAGGGCUCCUCAUACACUGCAAAUGAGAACGGGAGUGAAGAUGGGCGACGCCUCCCUGCAGGACUCCAUGGUGACGGACGGGCUGACAGAUGCUUUUCAUGGCUACCACAUGGGCAUCACAGCGGAGAAUGUGGCGAAGCAGUGGGGCGUCAGUCGAGAGGAGCAGGACCGCUUCGCCGUCCAGUCCCAGAACAAGACGGAGACUGCACAGAAAGCGGGACACUUUGAUCAGGAGAUCGUCCCCGUCGCAGUGCCUUCCAGAAAAGGUCCAGUGGAGGUGAAGGUGGACGAGUUCCCUCGUCACGGCAGCAACAUGGACAGCAUGUCCAAACUCAGAACCUGCUUCAUCAAGGACAGCAGUGGCACCGUCACAGCUGGAAACGCCUCAGGUAUAAAUGACGGAGCAGCUGCAACUGUCUUAAUGAGCCAGUCCGAGGCUGAGAGGCGUGGCAUCAAACCAAUGGCCAAAAUUGUGUCAUGGGCUCAAGCUGGUCUUGACCCAUCUGUCAUGGGAGCUGGCCCCAUACCGGCCAUCAGGAAAGCGGUUGAGAAAGCAGGCUGGCAGCUGGACCAAGUGGACUUAUUUGAGAUCAAUGAAGCGUUUGCUGCCCAGUCUGUGGCUGUGGUCAAAGAGCUUGGUCUGAAUGCAGACAAGGUGAAUGUGACCGGCGGUGCCAUUUCUCUGGGUCAUCCCAUUGGAACGUCCGGCUGCAGAGUGCUGGUGACGCUGCUGCACAACCUGCAGAGGACAGGAGGCCGAAAAGGAGUGGCAUCCCUGUGCAUCGGAGGAGGAAUGGGCAUCGCCAUGUGCGUGGAGAGAGUCUGAGAUGAACCUGACGCUGCUUCGCCGGACUGCACUUGUCUCUUUCAUCUUAAUAGAUAAGGGGGUAUAUUGAAACUCAUCGUUUACGCUGCGGUAUAGGAUUUAAAAUACUAAAUGUUUACAUGGGGUUUGUCCUGUCUGUGUAUUUAAGGCUAAAGGGAUUUUUAUGUUAUAAAGACCUUAUUAUUCUCACUGUGAACUCAUUAGAAAUUUCUCAGGUAGUAGCUGUGACACACAACUUAAUGUUAGUUGACCCAAAUCCAUUAUUCUUGUCUCUGACUGUCAGUUACAUGUUGAAUAGCAGUGGGAAUUUCCUUUAAAACCAGCUGUCCUCAUUUACCUGCUUUAGUGACACUAACACUGUAAAGGCAGAGAUUUUAGAUCUUGGUAGAAACAGGCUGCUAUUUCUAACUUGGUGUAAUUUAUCAAUUAAGAAUCUUUCAAUCGAUUUUGCUUAACAUUCCGAUGACGUGUACCUUUAUCUGAUCAAUUGUGCUGAAAAUCCUUGAAUUCAAGCUAAGUGCCAUAUGGUUGGGUUUGCUUGCCUUCUCUAACCCAGUGCUUCCUGUAAACAGCCAGAUGUUUGUGACAAUGUUUUCCAUCACCUAUCUGUUAAAAACAUCAGUAAAGAAUUAAAGCCAUA